GAAAACAAUUCUUUACACAAAACUAUUCUUCGGUUUUAUUGACCAUGGACAAGGAUAAUAAAGAGGGAUGCAAGUGUCCCAAUACUGCGGAAUCUUGGGUUGCACCGCUGACUUCCAUGACGAGCAGCAUUGACACCCCCGGACCCUCCCCCAGCAGUGACCAGAGUCCUAGAUCUGCUCCUUGCCCCAACUUGCCGAAGAAAUGCAGCUGUCGCAGGCCGCAUGCUCCUCCAGAAGUGGUACCACCUUCCCUGGCUGUAGAUGCCCAAGAGUCGGGUUCUAUCGCUGCUUCCGAGGAAAUGAUUCAAUCAGAACAAUUUUCUGCCGCGCGGCAACGCGCUGUUGGUGUCACCGACGAUGAUCAGAGCAGGGACACUCGCAAGAGCUCGCACAUAACAGUGGAACCAUUAAGGAACAAGCCCCAGCGCGUGCCAGACUCGGAGGAAAAAUUCGAACGGGUGGUGGACUCACAACACUAUACCUUGGAGGCCGUUGACGAGGGUCCGCAUAAGGGACGUAUCUUUGGGGUAUCCGGGCCGGUAGUCAAUGCCGAAGAGAUGGCUGGAGCUGCUAUGUACGAGCUGGUGCGCGUGGGUCAUUGCCAGCUGGUGGGUGAAAUCAUUCGGUUGGAAGGCGACAUGGCCACCGUACAAGUGUACGAGGACACUUCCGGGGUCAGUGUCGGUGAUCCCGUCUUUCAAACAGGCAAGCCUCUGUCGGUGGAACUGGGCCCUGGCAUCAUGGGCAGUAUUUUUGACGGAAUCCAGCGACCUCUGCGCAAAAUUAAUGAGUUGACGAACUCCAUUUACGUCCCCAAAGGCAUCGACGUGCCCAGCUUGUCCCGAGAUGUUGAGUAUCUAUUUACCCCGGGUAAGCUGAGACAGGGGGAUCUAGUCACAGGCGGUACUAUCUACGGUAACGUGGUAGAGAACACAUUGAUGCUGCACCACUUGAUGCUGCCACCUCGCUGCCAAGGCCGCAUCAAGUGGAUUGCUCCCCCCGGAAAUUAUUGCGUAGAUGAGAUAGUAGUGGAGACGGAAUUAAACGACGAGGUUACCAAGCACUCCAUGCUACAGGUGUGGCCUGUGAGGCGGCCUCGUCCCGCGGAGGACAAGCUGCCUAGCAACACUCCGCUGCUGACUGGUCAACGGGUUCUGGACGCCUUCUUUCCGUGUGUCCAGGGCGGAACCACAGCCAUUCCGGGAGCCUUCGGUUGCGGAAAGACAGUGAUAUCUCAGUCCCUCUCCAAGUACUCCAACUCCGAUUGCAUCAUUUAUGUGGGGUGCGGCGAACGAGGUAACGAGAUGUCUGAGGUGCUGCGGGAUUUCCCCCAGUUGGAAGUUUUAGUAAACGGGACGAUGGAGUCCAUCAUGAAGCGUACUGCCCUCGUAGCCAACACUUCCAAUAUGCCUGUCGCUGCUCGAGAAGCUUCCAUCUACACGGGGAUUACUUUGUCUGAAUAUUUCCGCGACAUGGGCUACCAUGUGUCUAUGAUGGCGGACUCCACCUCCAGAUGGGCCGAGGCGUUGCGUGAGAUUUCUGGACGUCUGGCUGAAAUGCCAGCAGAUGCCGGGUAUCCGGCCUACUUGGGAGCCCGACUGGCUUCCUUCUACGAAAGAGCUGGCCUCGUCAAGUGUCUCGGCAGUCCGGACCGCUUUGGGUCUGUUUCCAUUGUGGGAGCUGUUUCACCGCCCGGAGGUGAUUUCUCCGAUCCGGUGACCUCAGCCACUCUGAGCAUCGUUCAGGUGUUUUGGGGCCUCGAUAAAAAAUUGGCGCAGCGAAAGCAUUUCCCCUCAGUAAAUUGGCUCCACUCGUACUCGAAGUACAUGCGUACGGUGGACAACUACUACGAAGACAAGAAUCCGGAGUUCACCUUCUUGCGGGCGAAAGCCAAGCAGGUGCUGCAGGAGGAGGACGACUUGGCUGAAAUCGUGCAGUUGGUGGGAAAAGCAUCGCUGAACGAGGGCGACAAAAUAAAACUGGAGGUGGCCAAAAUGCUCAAGGACGACUUCCUGCAGCAGAACUCCUAUAGCACAUACGACGCCUAUUGUCCGUUCUUCAAGACCCAGGCCAUGCUCAAAAACAUGAUGACUUUCUACGAUGCGGCGAUGCAGGCCGUCCAGAAUACGGCACAAGACGAUGCCAAGGUCACAUGGGGUCUGAUCCGAACAAGGGCCAGCAAAGUCAUCUACGAUAUUUCCAUGAUGAAGUUCCAGGAUCCGACUUUGGGCGAAGCAACCGUUGUGGCUGCGAUGGACAAGCUGCACGACUCAAUUAUAAAGACGUUCAGGGACAUCGAGGAGACCGCCGGAGAUUUUUAAUAAUGAAACGGUAGAGUCCUUUAACAAGUCCAAAUUUAUUGUUUAUGUUGAAAGCCUUUUACAAAAACAAACAUGAAACGUAAUUCAUGUUUUGUAAAGGUAACACCAAUCAAAUAUGUAUUUCAAAACAUUUCUGUCGUGAAAUGGUAAACAAAAUUUGUACGUGCUAUUGUAACUUAUAUGUAUUCCAACAUUGCGUGAUAAUUAUAGAGCCAAAGUCCUAUUCCCA